CUAUAACUACUAUUACGCGCAUAAAAAUCCAUGGUCUCCUAUGAUAAACCCCAUGUUAGCUAACUAAACUAACGUCAGUGCUAGGAAGCUGAAAAAAUUUGUCGUUUUAAUAACUAGUGUUAUUUUUUUAUCGACGUUUUCUUACAUUAUAUAAUAUAUAAUAAGUAAAACACAGUUGCCUCAGUAUUUCAACAACAACCAAGUGAAUUAAAAUUAAUAUCGUGCUUUGUCUGUUAAAACUGCCGUUACUAAGCUAACGUUACUGUUGACCGUUGACUGUCUGAUCCACAGAGACAGGAAUGAGCUAAUGUGGCUAACAUGAAGAAGCUGGCGUAAAAAUGAGCGACCAAUAUUCACUUAAUAAUAUCGACAGCCUCCUGUUUCAGCUCGCUCUUCAAACUCGAGAACUUUCCCAAAAGAAGAAUGAAAUCUUCCAACAUAUUAAAGUUUGCAGAGAUAACAUUGCUGAGAGGAGGUCUCAUAUUGAAACAGUUCACAAACAUGUCAAGAAACUUGACGAGGAAAUCGGUGUGAGGCAGCACACUGUAACAAAUAAUAAAGCAAAGACAAAAAGCAUGAAGGUGACCAACAGCCUGCUUCUUCAGUAUGAGCAGUCCCUUAAAGCAGAACUGGAGAGCAGAAAGACCAACUACAACCGAGACAUGGAAAUAUAUGAAGAGAGGAUCGCAAGCUACAGAAGGACAUUCCAGUCACAUCAGGAAUAUUAUUUCCAAGAUCCUCUUGCUCAAAAGCUCCUCAUGCUGCAGGCUGAAAAAGAGGAGAUCGAUCGCAGGAUCAGGGCUUGUGAUGAUCAAAUCAAAAUGAAACAGAGGGAGCUGGACCAUCUCACUGGUAAUAAACGUUUUAUGUCACCACCUUUCUUUUUGGGAGUGUUGAAAUAUUUACUGUAUAUGCAGUUACUUUCUGUCUGCCCAGGUCCAGCAGUAUCUUCUUUUUCCACUGAGAAACUUCCAGACAGUGUCUUUGGCCAGCAGUACACAACAGAAGAGAAACAAGAAGGUCUCCAGACAAAGGAGGACAGCGCUUCUGUCAUGGACAUCUCUCUUCAUCUCAAACAGACAAGGAUCUUGGAGGAUGGUCAUCAGACUUCUGUAGAGGCAAAUGCUGAGGAAAUUUAUGAGAAAAACAAGGUCCGGGAUUCACCCACCUGUUGUACUUCCCCAGAAAAACCAAGUCAAAGUCAGCCAAUUGAAAUAUACACUGAAAAUCAGGACCAGGAAACUGCACAAGAGGACCGGGUUUUGGCACAGUUGGAGGAGCAGCCCAGUGUUCCUGCGGUAGAGGAGGUUCUGGAGGAGGAGAUGCAAGUGAGAACAGCUAUGGAUGAAGAACAGGCACCAGGUGAAGACAACAGUGAGGGACACGCUGCUUUUCCACAGACAUCACCUCAGGGGACUAAUCCUCAGACAUCCCCAGCAAAAGAGACAGCUCUGCCUUCACCCGCAACAUUCCCAUUUAGAAUUAGCACCACCAGCUCCCCACGUCCAGGGACCUCUGAUACCAAGUCUCCAGCUUUCCUGUUCUCACUGAACUCCAACCCUAGCACACCAGGCUUCUCUGGAUUUGGAUUCGAGUCGUUACAGGAGGAGGACUCAACUUUUCCAUUUGCUGGCUCUUUUUUCGAGGAGAAGGUGAUGAGUUUUCACUGUAAGCUUCACUUCAUACGGUUUUGUAACUGGAAGAAAGACAUUAAACUCUCUUUUAUCUCUUUUCAGAAAACAACUGAAUCAAAGUCUUCAAGUGGUAAGUAUCUACUCAGUCUGUUAUUAUCUAUUACAUGUAUUGAAGUACAAAUCACUGCAGGCCCAGAGUUCCUGUUUGGACAACCAGAGCAAAACGAAGACUUCCAGUUUGCCUUCACCUCCAAGAGCCCUCAGUCAGCAAACAAGGAAAACACCAGGGAAGAUUUUCCAUUUUCAUUCAACUUCUGAGUUUUGU